CGCUCCGACGCCGCCAGCGCCCCGCGCGCCCCCCCGCCCGCCGCCUGCCAUGCCCGUGGUCAGACAAAGGGGCUCCAAGGGCGGCCACGGCCCCGUGAGCCCCGCGGACAGGGGCGCCCACCCGACGGGCGGCGCGGAUGACGUGGCCAAGAAGCCGCCGCCCGCGCCGCAGCCGCCGCCGCCGCCGCCGCCGCAGCCGCAGCAGCAGCACCAGCAGCACCAGCCGCACGGCCGGGCCGGCCACCGCGCCCGGGCCAACCCCGCCGCCGGCGCCCCGGCCUGCUGCCCGCGUCCCCUGGGCCGCGCGCUCGGCCUGCUCUUCUACCUCGCGCUGGCCGCCGCCGCCGCCUUCUCGGGCUGGUGCGUCCACCACGUCCUGGACGAGGUGCAGCAGGUCCGGCGCAGCCACCAGGACCUGGCCCGGCAGCGCGAGGAGCUGGGCCGGGGCUUGCAGGGCGUCGAGCAGAAGGUGCAUUCCCUGCAGACCACCUUCGGCGCCUUCGAGUCGGUCCUGCGGAGCGCGCAGCACCGGCAGGAGGCCACCGAGAAGGCGGUGAAGCAAGGGGAGAGCGAGCUGAACCGCAUCAGCGAGGUGCUGCAGAAGCUGCAGAACGAGAUCCUCAAGGACCUGUCGGACGGCAUCCACGUGGUGCGGGACGCGCGCGAGCGGGACUUCACGUCGCUGGAGAACACGGUGGAGGAGCGGCUGACGGAGCUCACCAAGUCCAUCAACGACAACAUCGCCCUCUUCACCGACGUGCAGGCGCGCAGCCAGCAGGAGAUCAGCGAGGUGAAGGCCAAGGUGGCGGGGCUGGGGGCGCUCGAGGGGGCCCCGGGGGAGCUGCAGGCGCUGCGGGAGGCCGUGCGGGAGCUGCAGGCGGCCGCCCAGCCCCGCGCUGGCGAGCUGGAGGCGCUGCGGGGCGCCCUGGGCGCGCUGGAGUCCGACGUGUACACCGAGGUCAAGGAGCUGGUGAGCCUCAAGCAGGAGCAGCAGAAGUCCCGGGAGGCGGCCGAGACGCAGCGCCUGGCCCUGCGCGCCCUGGAGGACCGGGUGGCCCCGCUGCCCGGGCAGCUCGAGAGAUUGGAGGAGGAGCUGCGGCAGCGGCCGGCCCCCGCCCCCGCCGGGGACACCCCCCAACCCGGCGCCUGGGAAGCCCUGCAGAGAGAGAGCCGGGACCUGGACGCGCGGCUGCAGAGUGUGGAGAGCGGAGUGGCCGCGGCCGAGGAGGUGUCCGUCCGGCAGGCCCGAGGCCUGGAGACGCUGGCGUCCAGGAGCGAGGAGCAGGAGCGGCGUCUGGCCGCGCUGCAGGAGCACCUGGAGAGCCUGGGCGCCUCCCCGGAGGCGGAGGCGGGGGGCCUGGCCAGCACGGUGCGCAGCCUCGGGGAGGCCCAGCAGGCCCUGGCCGGGGACCUGGAGGAGCUGAAGCGCAGCGUGGGCGAGCUGCCCGGCACGGCGGGCGCGCUGCAGCAGGUGCAGGAGCAGGUGCGCACCCUGCUCGCCCGGGACCCCGCGCCGCCCCCCGACCUGCUGGGCCGCCUGGCCUCGCUGGACAGUCUCAAGGCCUCCGUGGGCCAGGUGGAGGCGGACUUGAAGAUGCUCAGGACUGCCGUGGACAGCCUGGUGGCUUACUCGGUGAAGAUCGAGACCAACGAGAACAACCUGGAGUCGGCCAAGGGCUUGCUGGAGGACCUUCGCAGCGACCUGGACAGGCUCUUCCUGAAGGUCGAGAAGAUCCACGAGAAAGUGUGACGGGGACCCGGGCGUGGGGCGCGGGGGUUCAGCUC